AUGCCAAGCCUCGACUCCCUCCCUCCCGAACUCCUCUUCCACAUCCUCUCCUACACGUCACCGCCCAACUGCCUCACGCUGCCCAUCUACCCGCUCAACGCACUUGCCGCUACAAACCGCCAUCUUCACGCCAUCGUCGAGGAGUAUGCGCGGAACCUGCUCAAGCGACAUGCGGGCAUGGAACUGCCGAAGAAUGCGCGGGUGAGUAGUUGUCGGCGCAAGUGGUUGGGCGAGAUAUGCUGGUUUUGCAAGAGGAAGAGUAGGCGCAAGGCGUGUUUUGGGCGGGGGAUGACGUGUUGUUUGGGGUGUGAUAGGCGCGAGUUUGCAAAGAUGACUAUGACGCAAGCGACACAACAAACUCAUCUUUCCAAAUUCGACCUUUUUACUCCGUCGCCUUUGCAUCCGAAUCUGCCUCCGCUGGCUACAGGGUCGUAUCCUGUCAUGGGUGACGUUGCCACGAUGAUUUCGACACCCGAUGUGAUGGCGCGCAGUGCGCAUAUUCGAUCGCUGCUUGGGGAGAAGGCACAGGACGAGACGUUUAUGCGCAAGCGGGCUGCGGCACAUGCGCGCAUCAUGAAGCAUAUGAACAUGGACUAUCAUCAGGGCAAGGGGUGGUUGGCUUACAGGGAGAUGACCAAGAAGGGGCCCAAAAGUAUGCAGACGGAGGAGGGAAGAAGGAAGUACAUUGAGGAGGGUUUGAGGAAGGAGUGGGAGGCGCUUGGGGUAGAGCCCUAUGAACACGUCCUAGCGAGGGUGAAUGGGCAGUUGAUGAAGUGGGUGAUUCCGCCCGAAGGUGAUGGUCGGGGUGGAUCGAGAGAGUCGGCAAUUGAGACUUGA